GCCAAACAAAAGUGGCCAACGCUUUACGAGAAAGAAUAUCUUGGUAAGACCGAACCGAGUCCGCCAAACGACGAGGAGCAGAAAGGCUCCGCAGUCGCACGGCCUGGAUGGACUCUGUGGGAGCGUGAGCGAAGGGACAAGAUUAUGCUGUUUGUAGUUGCUCGAAGAUUAUGCUGUGUGUACUUAGAUAGACAGAUAGCUAGCUAGCUAGCCCUAGCUAGAUAGAGAGAUAGAAGAAUAGAUAGCUAGCCCUAGCUAGAUAGAUAGAGAGGUAGGUAGAUAGACUAAGGCUUGAAAAGCAGAUACUUAUAUCAGAUGGAUCGAUGAAUCAGAUAGAUCAGCUAAAGACUAAGAUACCUUGACCUUGAGCAAACCUUUUAGAAGGGUAUAAAUCUGGUAGCUUUUUUCUACACAGUAGAUAUUUGAAUGAAACAAUACACAGCUUAUCCCAUGCAACAAUACACAGUAGAUAUUUGAAUGAAUCAGGGUGAUAAUUUGAAUCCCAUUCCACUUGGUGAGUACGCUGGAACCAGGACAGGCAGUCGUCAGAUACGCAUGCAGUCACAAUCUCUCAACUCUUGCAUUGCGCCUCUCGUCGCGGAUUUUCUCAAAAGAUGAUUUUUGUGUGACCGUUCAUCUUUGGAACUCUCAUACACAUCCUCAAGGAGAAGUUGGAAGACGCCAACGCUGGAGACUACAUUCACUAUCUUAUGGCGCACACCCUAAAGUUUUGGCAAAACACACUCGUCUGGUCAACUAAUCGGCAUAAAGAGACGAGCAAUACCAAUAUCUAAGCAUAUCUGAAGAAAAUUUUUGUCAUUGGAACGUACGAAGGAUUCACUCACCAAAAUGAAGGCCGCGAGUAGAGAAAGGUAUGUUGAUGUGCAACUCGAUUUUGCCUACUCGAGAUACUGCUCGAGCCCUAGCAUUAUUUUCCUUUGUGGUUUGGUCUCUAAGAUCUUGAUUGAUGAGGAGAAAACUAUCAUGGGUGUCAAAUUUUACGGUACAAGUUGGAAGCCUUGGUGGGAUGGCAGCUUGUGCUCCCCCUUCGACGAACGAAAAAAGUACUUGAAGACUUAAAGUGAGCGAGUAACCUCAACUAGAAUAGCGCUACAUUAAUCAUUGCUCAUCUCAUGACCCAGUGUGCUCGGUCAUUUGAGACUUUCGAACCAAUGCAUCUUCGAUAGUCAGAACUAUUCAAAAACGACUGCUUGUGUGGAGUCGUGAGCAGUUGUGUAGAAAAAAUGCAUCAAAAAAUACCACACAGAUAUGGCUGUGAGAUACACGAUGAUAACGGGGGCUGGAGCUCCAUACGAGAUAAGCGAU